UUUUAUUUUAUGGAUCGCAAAAUGACGUUAACAAACGGAGCUUCUAGUGGAAAUGCUGGUGUCAAUCCUGGGGGUGGAUUUGGUUUUGAUGCUGCCAAUUUGUCUGCUUCGGCAAAUAUGCAAAUUCUGCUCCAAACAAAUAAUGAUCUUAUUUUGUCUAUUUACAAGACGAUUGUGGAUUCGACGCAGGAAAUUAAUCGUAAAAUUGAAGCUCUUCGUGAUGAUAUUCGGGAUAUCAAAUUGAAUCAGCAACGCAAUGACCGCACUCUUCAGGAGGAAGCAACUAUGUGGCGUACUCACACUGAGCAAUUACUUGCUGGACAGGGAAGCCGUCAUCUUCAAGAUGUUAGUCGACUUCAGGACAUGCUUAUGAAAUUAGUGGUUGCUCAACCUCCUCAGCUUUCAACAUCUACAGGCAGUUAUGUUACGCAAGAAGCUGUUGGUGGAGGCUUUGCCACUUCUGCUACUGCUCCAGUUGUUACUGCUCCUGUCGUCAAUGCACCUGCUGCUGCUCCUGUCGCCAUUCCUUUGACAGCUGUCGCUACCAUUCAGGCAACUACUACGGUGCCACUUGUUACUUCUAUCGCUCCAAUUAUUACUACGGCACCGUCGAUUAUUGCUUCUACUACUCCAUUGAGUACAACGUCUCCGUAUACUAUUCAUUCGGCGCCCAGUUUUACUACAACAAAACCUACUUUUGUUACCUAUACUCCGGCUAUUACAACCACUACACCGACUGUUACUUCAACAAUGUCGUCAACUACUACUAAUACAACUUUUGGAGUUACUGGCACUGUACCUUUUGGUGGAAGUUUAUUUGGCGGUGGAAAUAAUGCUGGAACCAAUACUUUUGCCAAUCUUGCUGCUAAGGCUGCUCAAUCAAAGCCUGGACAAGCUGGUGGUGGAUUCUUAAGCGGUAAUAAUGGUGGGAUUUCAUCUGAUGGAUCGAAGCAGUCUCUUUUUGGCGCUUCGCCAUUUAGUGUAUCUAAUACUACAGGAUCUUCUGCAAAAGAUUUUAAGUUUUUUACUCCUCAUACAAAAACUGAAACUCGUGGUGAUGGUGAUGAAUCUGAUAAGGAGGAUGAGACUGCUGAGGAUUAUACUCCUGAUGUUCAUUAUGAGCCCGUUGUUCCUUUGCCACCCGAGGUUGAAGUUGUCAGUGGGGAGGAAGGCGAAGAGGUUACUUUUGUUGCUCGCUGCAAGCUUUAUCGUUAUGAUCGUCAAUUAAAAGAGAACAAGGAACGUGGGCUUGGCGAUAUUAAGAUCCUCUUCAAUCCAACUACCAAAAAGUACCGUUGUGUAAUGCGCCGUGAGAAGGUUUUUAAGAUCUGUGCAAACUUUCCUGUUGUUCAUGAUUUGUCUCUUCAUAAACGUGAACAAAUGCCAACUGUUUAUACUUGGGCUUGCAAAGAUUUUUCUGAGGAUACUGUUGGUGGUUUGGAUGAGACUUUUACUGCACGCUUUAAGGAUGCUAGCAUUGCUGAGGAAUUUCAUCAGGUUUGUUUAACUUUUUGUUUGGUUUUUAUUUUUGAGUUUUUUGCGUGCAGCAAAAAUUUUAUUUUGAUGACAAUGAAUUAUUAA